CAGAGCCGCUCGGUUGGGGUCUGUGCUGCGGGGCGCGGGCGCCGUCAGAGUCGGGGCCGGGGCCGGGCCAGCCAGAGGCUCGGAGCGCAGUGCUCCGGGCGGGUGGCGGGGAGGCUAUGGCGGAGCCCACAGCGCGACACCUGUCGCUGCCCUCGGGGCUGCUGGAGCUGUGCGCGUUGCUGGGCGCCUCUCAGGACAGCCUCCGCGGCCUGGAGCACAUCGCCCAGAAACGAGGAGUGAAGAGUGUCUCCCCCCUUGCCCCUGAAGUUCUGUCCGUUUUCGUGCCUCCUUUCACCACACAAGAUGAUGGCCAGGCGGCUGGCACCAGCUGUAUGCUCAGCAAAGCCAGGAGGCGGUCCUUCCGGAAGAAGAGGGAAAAGCCCAGGACCGAGUACUGGAAGAGCCACCCGGGAGACUCAAAGGGGCCGGAUUCUGAGGAUGUUGCCAUCCCAGGGGGCGUGGACCUCCUUGCCCUGCCCCAGCUGUGCUUCCCAGGGGGCGUGUGUGUGGCUCCGGAACCAAAAGAGGAUUACAUCCAUUUCCUGGUACUCACGGAUGUCUGUGGGAACAGAACCUAUGGUGUGGUUGCCCAGUACUACCGACCCCUGCAUGAUGAAUAUUGCUUCUACAAUGGCAAGACGCACUGGGAACCCAGCAUGAGCUCUGCUAGACGCUUUGUGCCCUUUGCCGUGUGUGUGGUGUCCCGGUUCCCAUAUUACAACUCCCUCAAGGACUGCCUCUCCUGUUUAUUGACUCAUCUGAAGCUCUGUAAAGAUUUUGAAGUUGACAAUCACAUAAAAGAUUUUGCUGCAAGACUAUCGUUGAUACCCAGCCCACCACCUGGGCCGCUCCACUUGAUAUUCAACAUGAAGCCGUUGCAAGUUGUCUUUCCCUCUCGAGCGGACCCCGAGAGCCCCAUCAUCGACCUGGACCUUCACCUGCCCCUGCUAUGCUUCCGGCCUGAGAAGGUGUUGCAGAUCCUGACCUGCAUCCUGACGGAACAGCGCAUCGUGUUCUUCUCCUCAGACUGGGCCCUGCUGACCCUGGUGGCUGAGUGCUUCGUGCUCUACCUUCACCCCCUGCAGUGGCAGCACACAUUCGUGCCCAUCCUGUCCGGUCAGAUGCUGGACUUUGUCAUGGCCCCCACCUCUUUCCUCAUGGGCUGCCAUCUUGACCACUUCGAAGAGGUCAGAAAGGAGGCGGACGGCUUGAUCCUGAUAGACAUUGACCACGGGAGUGUCACGUGCUCCAAGUCCUCCUCCGACAACGACGCAGACAUCUCUGAUGUCCCCCUCCUGCUGGCACAGGCCUUCAUUCAGAGGGUCCAGAGCCUUCAGCUGCACCCAGACUUGCACCUUGCCCACCUGAGCUCCAGCACAGACUUGAACGAGGGCCUUGCCCGUCGCCGAGCCUGGCAGCAGACUCUCAACUGCAAGAUCCAGCAUAUCACCCUGCAGCUGCUCGUAGGCAUCUUCAGGGAAGUGAAGAAUCACUUGAAUUAUGAGCACCGGGUGUUCAACAGCGAGGAGUUUCUCAAGACCCGAGCAGCGGGGGACCAGCAGUUUUAUAAGCAGGUUUUGGAUACCUACAUGUUCCACUCCUUUCUGAAGGCCCGGCUCAAUGGCAGGAUGGAUGCCUUUGCUCGGAUGGACCUCGACACCCAGUCAGAGGAGGACAGGAGAGACAGGAUGCUUAUAAGUCCGAGGAGACCUACCGUGGAGAAGAUGGCCUCCAAGAAGGAUUCGCCCCUGAACAUCGCCCACAGGCGCAUGGUGGUCAGCAUGCCCAAUCUACAGGACAUCUCCUUGCCCGAGCUGCCACCCAGGAACUCGUCGCUUCGGAUAAUGGACACCUCAAGCUGUAAAAUCGCCACUUCAGCCCUCAAAGUGACCCCUAAGUCAACGUACACAUUCAAGAUCCCUGAGAUCCACUUCCCGCUGAUGAGCCAGUGUGUUCAGGCAUACUACACAGAUCUCACCACUCUCCUGAGCAAGGCUAUGGGCCUGCUGGGCCCCGGUGACUCUCUGCUCCUCGCCAGGUACUUCUACCUGCGCGGCCUCAUCCGUGCGAUGCAGGGCCAGCUGCUAAGUGCCCUCUUGGAUUUCCAGAACCUCUACAAGACUGACAUAGGGAUCUUCCCAGCCGACCUUGUUAAAAGCAUGGUGGAAUCCAUGUCGGCCUCCGAAUGGGCCCAAGCUGAGCGGACACCUGAGCUUAGGCGGCUCAUCACAGAGGUCUUAGAUAAGCCGGGCGAGACCCCCAAAGCAGAUGAUGCUGUGAAGAACUUUGAACUGCCCAAGAAGCACAUGCAACUGAAUGACUUUGUGAAGCGGGUCCAGGAGUCGGGGAUCGUGAAGGAUGUCGUCAUCAUCCAGCGCCUGUUUGACGCUCUGACUGUGGGACACGAGAAACAGAUCGACCCCGAAACAUUCAGAGAUUUCUACACUUGCUGGAAGGAGACAGAAGCAGAGGCACAAGAGGUGAGCCUGCCUGCACUGCUGAUGGACCAUCUGGAUAAGAAUGAGUGUGUGUACAAACUGUCAAGCUCCGUGAAGACCAACCGUGGAGUCGGCAAGAUUGCCAUGACCCAGAAACGUCUGUUCCUGCUCCCUGAGGGGCGGCCGGGCUAUGUGGAGAUCGCCACCUUCAGGAACAUAGAGGAAGUUAGAAACACCACAGUGGCGUUUCUCCUCCUGAAGAUACCCACCUUAAAGAUCAAGACGGUGGCCAGGAAGGAAGUCUUUGAGGCCAACCUGAAGUCUGAAUGUGACCUCUGGCACCUGAUGGUGAAGGAGAUGUGGGCCGGGAAGAAGCUGGCGGAUGAGCACAAGGACCCGCAGUACGUCCAGCAAGCGCUGACCAAUGUCCUGCUUAUGGAUGCCGUGGUUGGCACCCUGCAGUCACCUAAUGCCAUCUACGCGGCCUCCAAGCUGGCCUACUUUGACAAGAUGAGGAAUGAAACGCCCAUGGCAGUCCCAAAGACAACCUCAGAGACUCUGAAACACAAGAUUAACCCUUCGGCAGGAGAGACUGCUCCCCAAGCUGUUGAUGUCUUGCUGUAUACGCCAGGGCGCCUUGACCCUGCAGAGAAGGUUGAAGAUGCACACCCCAAGUUGUGGUGCGCCCUGAGUGAAGGCAAAGUGGUGGUGUUUGAUGCUUCCUCCUGGACCGUCCACCAGCACCGCUUUAAAGUGGGUGCCGCUAAAGUGAACUGUAUGGUGAUGGCAGAGCACAGCCAGGUGUGGGUGGGCUCCGAGGACUCUGUCAUCUACAUCAUCAAUGUCCACAGCAUGUCCUGCAACAAACAGCUCACGGAUCACCGUGCUGCGGUCACUGGCUUGGUGGUGCAGAAUGGAAAAAAGCCCAGUGAGGUCUACUCCUGUAGCCUGGAUGGGACGGUCCUGGCAUGGAAUGUCAGCACACUGCGAGUGACCAGCCGGUUCCAGCUGCCAUGUGGUGACCUCAUGUCCAUCAGCCUGCACAGUGACCGCCUGUGGUGUUGUACAGGCCACAACCUCGUGGUGGUGACAAUGCAGGGUUUUCAUCGUCAUGAGCUGAAGAUCAACGACUCCAACAAGGCACCCAUCUCCUUCCUGGCCUUUCAACUUCUGCCUGAGAAGGAGCAGCUGUGGGCGGCUUGUGCAGGGUGCAGUGACCUGUAUGUCUGGAGCCUGAGGGACCUGGGCCAGCCUCCUCGGAAGACCCACUUGCAAGACUGCACUGAGAUUAGCUGCAUGAUCCGCGUGAAGAGGCAGAUCUGGGUGGGUGGCAGGGGGCUGUCGCAGGGGAAACUGAGAGGGAAAAUCUUUGUGAUGGACGCGGAGAAGAUGGCGGUGGAAAAGGAGCUGGUGGCACACUCAGACACUGUGAAGACUCUGUGCUCUGCUGAGGACCGCUACGUGCUGAGUGGAGCCGGCCACGAGGAGGGCAAGAUCGCCAUCUGGAAAGUCGAGUGAAAGCUGCGUACCGAACCAGUCCUUCCUCAUGAGAGGAUGCCUCUCACCGCACGGCUGUGUCAGCGGCCAGGGCCUGUCACCUGCUCCCAAGAGUCUUCACCUCCAACUGCUCUAUCUAUCUUAUUGCUGAUAACCUCCACUGUGAAGGUACCCUGUCCUAUUACCUAGAAACUUCCGGAAUCCACAACCGGGAGCCAGCAUCAAGGCUGCCAUUUAGCUGUGUCACACGGGACCUGUAGUCUUCUUCAUGCGCUCUCCGUUUGUUUACUCUGCAAACACCUGGGCUUCAGUGGCAUGGCAAUGGCUGGCAUGUGGUGGUCAUCCACAGAGCCUUGCAGGUUUCCAUUGACUUCCUGCUUCCAGAAAGGCUUCUGAGUAUUUGAGGGUAAACACUGACAGAACCGGCUGGCACUGGCCAGGCUGUCCUCCUCUUGAGCAGGUGACCGAGGCCUGCCCCAGGGAGGGGACAGUGCUGCUCAGAUUUAUCUGCAGAAACUGGGCAGCUGAGUGGCGCUGUUUGCAUUAAGAUGCAAAUGACUGCAGGCACAUGCGUGCAUACCUGCCUCACUGGCUCACGAUGGCCUGCACUUUGUAUGUCUCCUGCGUGUGCAGAGUGUCUCUACUGAACCGUGGGCAGCCUUCUGCACAGAGACCUCUGCAAGUGCUCACCACACCACUCCAAUUUCAUUCUGCAAGUGUUCUGUGCGGUGGGUUUCGGUGUGGAUGCUGGGCAGACAGGGUAUGCUGUCCCUGUGUAUUGUACGGUGAGUGUUGCGUGCAGCUCUCUGGAUCACCCGCACCAUGGUACAGGCAGUCACAGAGAGGUUGCCAAUGGCCUGUAUCUGCCUCCGAGAAUAGGCCAGGGUCCAGGUGUACUUGAGUUGAUGCCAGUGAAGAUGUGGGUCUAGACUUGGAGGGUGUGUGUUGGUUCCCUUGAGGUGUGGCUCCCUUAAACAUAAUGCAGAGGACCCCCUCAGAGCCACACCCCUCCCUAGAGUCUGUGCUCCCUGAGGGGUGUCCCAAAUGUCCAGAAAGACUAUGUCACCAGCAGUCAAGGGCACAGGCUCAACCCAUCUCUGUAAAUACCGGGAGCCUGGUAUAAAAUUCGAUCAUAAAUGGAGUCUAAGUUAUUUAAACCAGGUGUUUAUAGCAUGUGGAGUAAUAUAAUAAAUCCUUUUUGUUAAUAAA